AUGCUCGAGGUAUCUCAUAAUGAAUUAGCUGUUUUUUACUUGUUUCAGGCAAAACUCUGGAAUUUGAGGAAAGAGCAAGUUCGAGCACUAAGAAUGACAUGGGCCAGACUUUGUGAACCUCCUCGAUCAAACUGCAAAGGCAUUGUGAACCUUGUCGAACGAGUUUGGGAAAAACUGGACGCUAAAGAUCCAACGGUUCGGAACAUAUUCUACAAUGCCGCAUUUGUUGAGACUAUGCACGAGAGAUGUGAAAGGAGGAGAUCGGCAGGCUCUAUUGCAACGCUCCGCGACCACACCCAUUUCUUUGUUUCACUCGUUUCUCAGGUAGGUCUAGAUAGAAUCAAAAUAAAUUUCAAACUUUUAUUGAGUUCUCACUCUCCAACCACUAUUGUGGGGACAAGCGCAGGGGUAUUUAAUCUUCGAGUGGGGAAGAGGGUGGACGUUCACCAUCCAGAUAUUUCAGGAAGGAGUCAUGCUUAUUUGAAGCAAUACGGAUUUCGUUCCAGUCAUUGGGAAAAAAUCGGCGAGUACUUUAUCGACAUCGUAGUCAUCCAGGACUGCGUAAGAGGUUUUCCGGAAGCCUGCCGAGCGUGGACGAUUCUCGUUGCCGCUAUCAUUGAUCGACUACGAUGUGCUCCUCGUCGAGGUAGUCUGACUCCAGCAAGAAGCCCAAGUCCAGGGUGCUUGCUUAGCGAUCCAACACGUCCUGCAAACUGCAUUGGAUUGAGGUGA